AUGGAAGCCAGAUAUCCUUCCUUUCCAUUUACGUGGUUUUUAAACGUCAUCCAUGACAAGUUUAGAAAAGGAAAGAUUAAUUUUGAAAGUACUUUGGAAUUGCUUACUAAAUUUGACAUCCCCUUCGAUUAUGUUCAUGUGAAAUACAUUUUUAAGGCAAGUGACUCAUUGAAGUCUGGAACUAUUACUAUAGAAGAUUUUAGAGGAAUUUAUCGUACGAUAGCACACAGAUGUGAAAUCCAUGAUCUUUUCAAAACUCAGUCUCCGAACCACAAAUUGCUCCCACUUUCAAAUCUAGUCCAGUUUCUUAGAAAAGAACAGUUUCAGCCUGAAGUUGAUGAAGUGGUUGCUGCUCAACUCAUUGCAAAGUUUGAGCCCAUCGAAGAAGCAAAGAAAAAUUCACAGAUGACAUUUGAAGGAUUUCUAAGAUACAUGACAUCUGAGGAAUGCAUGGUAUUUAAAUCUGAGCACAAAACUGUUUACCAGGAUAUGACCCGUCCACUGUGUGAAUACUUUAUUUCAUCCUCGCACAACACCUACCUCAUAUCUGACCAGCUAAUAGGGCCAAGUCACCUAUGGGGUUAUGCAAGUGCUCUAAUGAAAGGAUGCCGCUGCUUAGAAAUUGACUGCUGGGAUGGACCAAACAAUGAUCCUGUUGUUUAUCAUGGACAUACAUUAACAAGCAAAAUUAGCUUUAAGACCGUCAUCCAAGUGAUCAGCAAGUAUGCCUUUUUGGUCUCCGAUUAUCCUCUGAUACUGUCUUUGGAGAAUCACUGUAGCCCUAAACAGCAGGAAGUAAUGGCAGAUUAUCUGACAAAUAUCCUGGGUGACAUGUUGGUUAAAUCUGCGAUUGAUGAUAUAAUGCCAACUGAGCUCCCUUCCCCCGAGUCACUGAAAUUCAAAAUAAUGAUUAAAAAUAAGAAAAUUGGGACACUUGAAGAAACGCUUGCAAGGAAGGGCACGGAUAGCCAUGGUCAGACAGGGGAAUUUGAAGAGGAAGAAACAAGUGAUGAGGAGCUGGACGACAACCCGUCGCACCCCAAGCAACCGCUGCUGAAAAAGAGAAGGGCACGCUGGAAAGGCUCAGCUCCACCUCGGAAAAAACAAAGGAUGAAGAAAAUAAAGAUUGCCUUGGCACUGUCAGAACUUGUGAUUUAUACCAAAUCUCGGAAGUUUGUAAGCUUUGAAGACUCAAGAGAAAAGCAGUUUUUUUAUGAAAACAAUUCAAUUGGUGAGCUAAAAGCCCGAAAGCUGGCAAAACUCGCAGCUAAUGAAUUUGUUCAGCACACCGUCAGAUUUCUUACAAGAAUAUACCCAAAAGGAACCCGGGCCAACUCUUCCAAUUAUAACCCUCAAGAAUUCUGGAACGUUGGGUGUCAGAUAGUGGCCUUAAAUUUCCAAACAGCAGGACUGCAAAUGGAUCUUCAAACUGGGAAAUUUUUGGAUAAUGGUGGUUCUGGCUAUUUACUAAAACCAGAAUAUCUAAGAAAUAGAGACACACAAUUUACUCCACAUGCUAUAUCUGCAAACUGUCAACCGGUGCUUCUUACUAUAAAGCUUAUCAGCGGUCAUCAAUUACCACCUAGCAGUCUCUCCAGGAGUAAUAAAGCUGACCCCCUAGUUCUAGUAGAAAUUUAUGGUGUUCCGGAAGACCAUGCAAAGCAACAGAGCUGUGUAGUUAAGGGCAAUGCUUUGAGUCCCAGGUGGAAUGAAACAUUCACUUUUAACAUCCAAGUUCCAGAGCUUGCCUUAGUACGGUUUGUUGUAGAAGAUCAGCUUUCUCUCACUUCCAAUGACUUCCUUGGGCAAUAUACUUUACCACUUCUGAGCAUGAAUAAAGGUUAUCGCCAGGUUCCACUUUUUUCCAAACUUGGUGUCAACCUGCGCCCUGCUUCACUCUUUGUGCAUAUUUGGUACUUCAACCAAUAAUGUUUGCUAACAGAGCUCCCUCAGCA